AUGAACCAUAAUAACAACCAUGAUAGUGAUAUUCCUGAACGUAUUGCAGCUGCCAGAAGAGAAGCAGAAGCAUUGAAAGAACGUAUCAAGCAAAGAAAAGAAGCUUUGGCUGAUACAACACUGCAAGAAAUGGCUAAAGAUAUUGAACCACUGCCACGUAUUGUGAUGAAGGCAAAGAGAACAUUAAAGGGCCACUUGGCCAAGAUUUAUUCUAUGCACUGGGCAACGGAUAAACGACAUUUAGUGUCUGCUUCACAGGAUGGUAAAUUGAUCGUCUGGGAUGCUUUUUCAACCAAUAAAGUGCACGCUAUCCCUUUAAGAUCUUCUUGGGUGAUGACAUGUGCAUAUGCACCUAGUGGAAGCUUUGUUGCCUGUGGUGGUUUAGAUAACAUUUGCUCUAUCUAUAACUUGAAGACUCGGGAUGGUCCUGUUCGUCCUGGUCGUGAAUUAUCCGGACAUAACGGAUAUCUCUCUUGUUGCCGAUUUAUUAAUGACCGACAAGUAUUGACGGCAUCAGGAGAUAUGACAUGUAUGCUCUGGGAUAUUGAUGCAGGUGUAAAAACCGAAGAAUUUGCGGAUCAUACAGGAGAUGUGAUGAGUCUCUCAUUAGGGCCCAAUCCAAAUAUAUUUGUCAGUGGAGCUUGUGAUAGCACAGCCAAAGUAUGGGAUAUUCGUACCAAACGAUGCGUACAGACAUUUAUGGGACAUGAAUCAGAUAUCAAUGCAGUACAAUUUUUUCCUAAUGGAGAUUCUUUUGCUACAGGCUCAGAUGAUGCAACAUGUAGACUGUUUGACCUGAGGGCAGAUUGUGAACUAAGCGUUUACUCACAUGAGUCCAUCCUGUGUGGUAUCACAUCAAUAGGAUUUUCACCCUCUGGAAGACUCUUGUUUGGUGGAUAUGAUGACUAUAAUUGUAAUGUUUGGGAUACGCUUAAAUGUGAACGAGUAGGCGUAUUAUCUGGCCAUGACAACAGAGUGUCAUGUUUGGGCGUUGCCGGUGACGGUAUGGCCUUAUGUACCGGAAGUUGGGAUGCUACAUUGAAGGUGUGGGCAUAA